UAUAUAAGCGAAUUUUAGAGUUUUUGUUUAUUAUAGUGCUAGUUGAUACGAAUUUAUUUUACAGUGAAUAAAAACAAAUUUCGUUAAUCAUGUCCACAAAAUCGUCAGUAGAUUUGAGAGCAGAAUUAGCUGAACUCGUUAAAAGAAAAGCAGAAAUUGCUGAAACAUUAGCGAAUCUUGAAAGGCAAAUAUAUGCCUUUGAAGGGAGUUAUCUCGAAGAUACACAACUAUAUGGUAACAUCAUUCGUGGAUGGGACAGAUAUUUAGCAAGUAACAAAAAUACUAACAGUAAAGCUGAUAAACGAAAUAGAAAAUUUAAAGAGGCUGAAAGGUUAUUCUCAAAAUCAUCAAUUACAUCUAUGGCUGCUGUUAGUGGAUUGGCUGAAAAUGCACAGGAAAAAAUUGACCGAUACAGCGAGUCAGAAUCGCAGAUUGGAAACAGUGGCAGUGAGGACAAUUGUAACUUCAGCAAUUCAAACACAAUCUCAUCUAGCAAUAGCAAAGAAGUCAGUGGUAAAAACCACACAUCUGUUCAAACUGGAUAUGCUCAAAAUAAUGGUUCUCUUGGUAGUACAGACAGUAAUGUUUCUUUUCCAAUUCAAUCAAAUGGCCCUAUAACUAAUGGUAAUUUAGAUCAUGUAUCAACGCCAGUGAAAGAUGGACAUAGCAAUAGUAAAGAUAUUAACAAAAGUAGACCAUCUAAUAGUGCUAAAAAAAGUAGUAGUAAGAGAUCUAGAAAUAGGUAGGAUUUGUAAAUUUGGAAUCUUCUUCCACCCCAACAGUUCAUUUAAUAGUCCAUAUUUCAUCAAACAUUGCAAUCAUACAAACUCGUGUUUAUUAUUAAUUUCAAUGAAAAAUAAUGAGAAUUUGAAGACUUUGAUGA